AUGCGCGGCGUGUUUCUGACGAAGUCAGUCUGGUACGUCGUGAACCGCGAAACGUCUCCAACCUUCACCGACACGCGAGCUUCCGACGAGUACGUCAAGGCGAGCAACAUCGCGUUCGGGUUGAUGUUGCUCCACAUGGACGCCGACUACCACCAUGUGGUCGACAACUGUGAAGAAGCAUGGACAGCGUGGUCGCGGUUGAAGAUGCUCUAUGGUGGGUCGCAGAAGGCGGGACGCAUCUACCUCAAGCGCCAGCUGUUCAGCAUCAAGAUGGCGGAAGGUGCCAACGUCUUGCACCAUUGCAACGAAGUCUUGAACAUCGGCGCCAAGCUCAGCAGCAUCGGUGCCAAGAUGGAAGACGAAGACAUUGCGAUCUGCUUGCUGCUCAGUCUCCCGAAGAGUUUCGAGAACGUGGUUCUGAACUUGGAGAUGAGCAAUGCAGAGCUGCGCACGCAAGAUGUGGUCAAGGUGCUGACUAACGAGCACAUCAAGCGACAAGGCGAGAAGAUGACAACGGCAACGACAACGGUGAAGACUGAAGAUGCGACAAAGGCAUUCAGUACCGAGCGCAAGCCCUACCAAUGCACAUACUGCGGCAAGGUGGGGCACACGGCAGAGUGUUGA